AUGGCGGAGGUGGAUCGGAGAAGACUAACAACACAAUUCUUCAGAUCAACAGGUUCUUCAAAGACGGGAUCGGUAUAUGGGGACGAUGAAUGGUCUUAUGGAUAUGGUUUUAAUUUACUUCGUAAAAGAGCACUAUACAAUGACAUGUCAAGUGGAAGGUGUGGUGAAAGCAAAUGCCCUCAACUUUGCCUUGCUACCGAGAUAGUGUAUGCUGGUGUUGGAUAUUUAUUAAAUGUAAUGUUUUCUGCAAGGUUUGGUGCUGCUAUACAUAGAAAGGGUGGAAGCAUGGUUGUGCGAGAAAAGCAGGGAAAAAUGGCCAUUGAUCAUCCAUACCAUACUAAUCUUUCAGGUUCUGAAGAACAUCUUCUGGCUUUGGCAAACGGUGACCGAAUCAAGGAUAAGCAACGCAGUAGAAACUCUUUUGUGGUUGAUAUGGAUAAAAAGCUUGCAGCAGAGCAUCUCUUGCAGGAUAUAUCACAUUAUCAUGGGCCUAUGAUUAGACAAAUGAAACAGUUGGUAGAUAUCUACAUCAAGCUUGCAGAGCUUGAAACGAGGAGAGAGAAAGAGGAUACCAAUAAGAGGGUAGCACUACCAAGAGAAAUUCGUAGCGUGAAACAAUUGGAACUUGUACCUGUAGUGACCGCUACAAUUCCUGUUGAUCGUAGCUUCCAAUACAAUGAAGGGUCGUUCCCUUGUUUCAAAGGUUUAUCAGAUUCUAUUAGUCUUGGUGACCAUCAUGCGAUGAAUAUUUUAAUUGAUCAAGACACGGCAGAAGUUGUCCACAUAGAUUUUGGAGUUGCCUUUAAACAAGGUUUAGUGCUCAAGACUCCUGAACGGGUCUCUUUCAGGGUUAUUAGAGACAUAAUUGAUGGAAUGGGUAUCACAGGAGCGCAAAAGUCUUUGAUCCAAGAAACUGAAGAUUAUGAUGGCAUGGACUUGGAAGGAUUACAAGAGGAAUCCGAGGGGAACAAGGAUGUUGCACGUGCUUUGAUGAUGCCUGUCAAGCAAAAACUCGAUGGCUAUGAGGGUGGUGAGAUGAGAAGCAUACAUGGCCAGACAACUUAUUUUGUUGGGCAAUUUAUCGGCUCUCCCUCAUUACAAGACCAGUGUUGUAGUAUAGCUUCAUGUUUGCUGGAUUCGUUCAAACGCAAUCCUGCCAAAGAAAUGGUUAGGUAUGUGUUACUAAUGCUAUUUCGUUCAAAGGCAAGACCAGUGUUGUAG